AUGAACUUCUUCACGAACGUCGACGAUGGAAACGUGUCCGACACAGCUACAGAGGUUGGAGCAUUGAUAUCGAGCCACGCAACUGGCACGGCCGGUGUGCGCCAGAAGGCGAAGUGGUGUGUGUCCUCUGUCUCUGCAAUGCUGCGUCUCCGGUACAUCGGCAUGGCCGAUCGUUUCGACGGUGUAAAGAACAAUCAAAUGAAAAAGGACGCGUACGACCUGCUCGCUGCUGAACUGUCGAUUGGGAUGGAGCGUGUCUUCGACGCACGCAGUGUUCAAAGCAAGAUACAUGACCUCAAGCAGCAGUGGUUUAAGCCGCAAGUCAAAGCGACAGGCAAUGGACUUUUGGUCCGUUCCAAGCCUCAGUACUACGACAUUAUGUUUGAGUAUUGGGGAAGUAUUCCUGUUUUGUCUCGUGACACAUUAAUGUCGUCUGAUGUUCCGGCAUUGGACGGCAAUGAUAUCGCCCAUGACAGCGAUGCCAGCUCGUCGGCAUUGGAGAGUGAAUGUGAGCCCACGGUCCGCGGGAAGCAAAAAAGUGCGCGUGCGGACUCGUUGUUCAUGGGUCUAGAAGCUGUCGCUUUUACGUUCAAUGACGAGUCGCCGUGA